AUGCAGGGUGUUGCGGCAAUCCUGGCCAUCUGCCACAUGUGUGCGUCCGGUGAGCAGGAUGGGACUAUGUCCACAACCUCCACUCCGAGCCUGCGGCCCACGAAAGUCGACGAUGUAGGAAGGACUUGCGAGGAUGAGUUUGGAUCUUUCGUCCGAAAGUUCGAAAAGCACUACGACUCUCCGGAAGAGGAGGAGAUAAGGAGGAAUAUCUUUUGCGACCGCUUGGCGUGGAUCAAGAAGAGAAACAGCGAGAACCACGAGUACACUGUGGGAGUCACGCCUUUCGCCGACCUGAGUCCGGAUGAGUUUCGGUCCACUUACGGUAUGUCGGCAAAGUACAUGAAUGCCAGCAUCUCUGAAAUUUGGGGAGGCUUGGAAGAAGUCAACGACCACUCGCUUCGCCGAUCCACGGCAGCUCCAAGUUCGGUCGACUGGCGCAGAGAGGGUGCCGUGUCGGCUGUCCAGAAUCAGGGGAAAUGCGGUUCCUGUUGGACCUUUGCCACAGCGGGUGCGCUGGAAGGCGCCUGGAAGGUGUUCGGCGGAGCACUCUACGUCCUGUCGACCCAGCAGCUUUUGGACUGUGCUGACGAAGAUUAUGGAAACAGUGGAUGCAAGGGCGGAUGGACGAAGAGAGCGAUUAAAUACAUCGAGGACGAAGGGCUCUGCAGGGCUCAGGACUACAGCUACAAGGGGUUCAAAGGGACAUGCCAAGCCUCCAACUGUACCCAGGUGAUCCCCCCAACAAAAGUGCUUGGGGCGUUUCUUGUUGAGCACUACGACUAUGCACUGAUGCAGGCAGUGACCCAACAGCCGGUUGCUGUCAACAUCAAUGGGCAUAGUGAGGUGUUCCAGCUGUACGAAGGUGGAAUCAUUGGUCCAGACUGUGGUAUCUUGAUUAACCACGCAGUCCUCCUCGUUGGCUACGGAACCGAUCAAGGAACGCCGUACUGGAUCAUCAAGAACUCGUGGGGCAUCCUGUGGGGAGAAGCUGGCUUCGGCCGUCUCCAACGGGGUGUCAGUGGCACAGGUGAGUGUGGGAUUCUCUCAGGGCCGGUCUACCCGAUUUUGGUGAAGCCAGCCCCACCACCACCACCAUCACAUACCAUCACCAUCACCACCAUCACCACCAUCACCACCGCCACCACCACGGGAUCCGCACCCCGCCACCAUCGCUGCUAUUUCGUUCGCGGCAUUGUUCAGCUGCUGUGCCAUUGGUUUUUGCUUCAGUCGAUUCUGCAAGCGCCGCCGACAAGAGCCGCUGCUAGGAGUGAGCUUGCAGGCAUUGCAGGCCACAGCUCCAGCUCGUCCAACGAGAUGGAUCACAGCAGACGGCCGGCUGGUCGACCCGGGCGGGCGUUGAGCAGAUCAUUCGACCUCCAGUGCUCAACGCCUGGAUUGCCUGGGCCUCGCAGCGGUCACGCCCGCCCCGGCUCUACCGGCUCCCGUGCUGACGGCUUCGGACGGGCCAUUCGGCCGCUGGCCUUGUGCAGUAACGCCAGCCGGCGCACGAGAAAGUGCCAGUGCAGGAUUGCUUGGAGGUUCAUGGGUACUUAUAUGUGGGGUCAUAAGUAG